CAUCUACUCAUUUAUUCUGCAUAGCAUAUGGGAUAUCUGAAAGACUAAUCAGUAGACAGCAGAAAUCUAUCUGUCUACAAGAUCUCUAGCCUGAAUAAUUCAAUUAUUUAUUCUUUAUAAAGGUCAACUCCUCUAACUAUAAUAAGAUCCUUUAUAAUCUUCAUCCCAUGUGUACAACUGCUUAUAGUUCAAAAGAAGGAAAAAAAGAAGAUAUGGAGAAAAGCAAGCAUCUGAUAAGUUUUCUGCUGAUACUUAUCUUGCCAUAUGUAAAUGCAACAACAUCAGGGCCAAACUGGCCUAAAGCUAGCAAGCAUUUCGUGCUAGUUCACGGGGUAUGCCACGGAGCCUGGUCUUGGUACAAGCUUGUGGCAUUGAUGAGAUCUUCGGGGCAUAAUGUCACAGCUCUUGACUUGGGUGCUUCAGGGAUCAACCCGAAACAGGUUCUUGAAAUCCCACGAUUAUCUGAUUACUUUAGUCCGCUAAUGGAGUUCAUGGCUUCUCUUCCCGCACAUGAGAAAGUGGUCCUUGUAGGUCAUAGCUUUGGCGGAUUCGCCGUCUCUAAAGCCAUGGAAAGCUUUCCGGAAAAGAUUUCAGUUGCUGUAUUCGUCACAGCUGGAAUGCCUGGCCCAACUCUCAAUGCAACCACAGUCUUCGUAGAGGCUUCUAGUGAAAUAAUAUCUCAACUUGAUAAUCGUCUUACGUACUACAAUGGACCGAACAAUCCUCCAACAACCUUCAUCUUUGGUCCAAAGUACUUGGCGAGUAAUCUUUAUCAGUUGAGCCCGAUUCAGGAUUGGGCGCUGGCUACUACAUUAGUAAGGCCAAUAUACUUAAACAGCCUAGAGGACAUAUCAAAGGAGAUUGUUCUUUCAAGCGAAAGGUAUGGAUCAGUUAGACGAGUGUUCGUCGUGGCUGCUGAAGAUAAAGCUCUAACAAAGGAAUUCCAGCAGAGUAUGAUUGGAAGGAAUCCACCUGAUGAAGUGAAAGAAAUCUCAGGAUCUGAUCACAUGGUCAUGAUGUCUAAGCCCAUUAAACUUUUUACUACUCUUCUGCAGAUUGUCAACAAGUAA